AACUGUCCUUCCCAGUUGUGAAGUGUGAGCGCUCUCAGACCCGUGAGGCACAUGUGAGGAUACAGCUACUACCUACAUGCUUCGUAAUUGACAUUUCUCUCUCUAAUAAACUUUCUUCUCUUUCUAUAUAUAUAUAUAUAUAUACACACACAUUUGGGCAGUCUUUGAACUUGUUUUUGUCUUGAAGAACAUUAAAGUAAUAAACACAGUUUUGAAGCAAGAAAGAAGAGAGGUGGUGGCGUUUUGAACAUUGAUCAUCAUAGCAACAGGCAGUCAUGGCGACUAGAGGGUUUGUGGUGUAUCUGCUUUCUGGAUUUUCUGUGGCUGUUCUUUCAGUUCUCUUCAUCAACGACCACCAAAAUGAUAAAUUCACAAACCCACCUCGUCUUUUACAUCAAAACUCCACUCUUUUGAAACACUCAUAUGGAUCUGAAUCACAAGCUUGGCCUGAUUUAGAGCUUAAUUGGAGAAUUGUAGUGGCGACAGUGAUUGGUUUUCUGGGAUCUGCCUGUGGGACGGUUGGUGGUGUGGGUGGAGGCGGCAUUUUCGUUCCAAUGCUUACUUUGAUUGUUGGAUUUGAUACCAAGUCUGCUGCUGCUCUCUCCAAAUGUAUGAUAAUGGGGGCUUCAGCAGCAUCAGUGUGGUACAAUUUAAGGGUGCCCCAUCCAUGCAGAGAAGUGCCCAUCAUAGACUAUGAUUUGGCACUCUUGUUCCAGCCCAUGCUCAUGCUAGGCAUCACUAUUGGUGUCAGUCUCAGUGUUGUCUUCCCCUAUUGGCUCAUCACAGUCCUCAUCAUCAUUCUCUUCUUGGGAACUUCUUCAAGGUCUUUUUUUAAGGCGAAGCAGAUGUGGAAGGAAGAGACUAUUUUGAAGAAAGAAGCAGAAAAGCUACAAGAAGAAACAACAGUUAACUCUCAUGGCGAACUUCUAGUUGAUUCCAUGUUCGAACCACUGGUACCUAAAGAGGAGAAAACGGAUAUGGAAAUUUUGACAUCUAACCUCAGCUGGAAAAGGAUUAUGGUGUUAAUGCUUGUGUGGGUUUCUUUUUUAUCUCUACAGAUUAUCAAGAACAAUGUAGUGGUUUGUAGUCCAUGGUAUUGGCUGCUGAACUGUGUACAGUUACCUGUGGCAAUUGGAGUGUUUGGAUAUGAAUGUGUGAAAUUGUACAAAGAGAGCAAGAAGAGGAAAAGUACUGGGAACACUGAAUCAAUAUGUGAAGCUAAUAUUGAUUGGAGUCUAAUGAAUCUUGCAUUCUGUGCACUCUGUGGCAUCUUAGGGGGCACUGUUGGGGGUCUACUUGGUUCUGGUGGUGGUUUUAUUCUUGGCCCUCUGCUCCUCGAGAUCGGAGUCAUCCCUCAGGUUGCUAGCGCGACAGCAACAUUUGUGAUGAUGUUUUCAUCAUCCUUGUCUGUAGUGGAGUUUUACCUCCUCAAAAGAUUCCCCAUUCCUUACGCUUUAUAUCUUAUGUCAGUGUCCAUAUUGGCUGGUUUCUGGGGACAAUUCUUUGUAAGAAAACUUGUUGCAAUUCUAAAAAGAGCUUCAAUCAUUGUGUUCAUCCUCUCUGCUGUCAUCUUUGCUAGUGCUCUCACAAUGGGGGUCAUUGGAAUUGAGAAGAGCAUCCAAAUGAUAAACAAUCACGAGUUUAUGGGAUUUUUAGGGUUUUGCAGCAGUCAAUGAUAUCCAGCAACAACUAAGAUUGCAGAGAAGAAGAUUGAGAAAGUGGAAGAAGCAAUGCAGGGGGUGUUUGGCCAAUGCCUAAUUGACCAACGACAAUAACAAUUCCAUGAAACAAUUUGAGUUGUUCGAGUUUGGUAUUUGGCCAAUGCCUGGUUGACCAACCCCAACCACAAUGCCAUGAAACAAUUAAGCUCCACAGCCACAUUUUUUUCCUUGAUUGUAGCAUUUGAUUCUUCCCUUGUAAUAGAAAUUUAUUUAAGGUUGUCAAUAAAAAUGAUUUUUUUAUUUUUAA